AUGUUAAACCGCGCCGCGGCCGCCGGCGAAGGCGGCCGCCAUGAGACCCUAGCCAAGGUCUCCCUCUCGUCGGCCUCGGCCGCUGUGGCGGAGAUGUCCACGUUCCCCAUCGACGCCCUCAAGAUCCGCCUGCAGCUCCACCGCAGCCCCGGUGUCGGCGGCGGAGUCUUGCGCGUCGCCGGGGAGCUCGUCCGCGACGGGGGGCUUUACCGGGGCCUCUCCCCCGCUGUCCUCCGGCACCUAUUCUACACCCCGCUCCGCAUCGUCGGCUACGAGCACCUCCGGUCCUACCUCGCCAGCGGGGGGCGGGAGGUGGGCCUUGUUGAGAAGGCGAUCGCUGGGGGAGUCUCCGGCGUUGCCGCGCAGGUGCUGGCGAGCCCUGCUGAUUUGAUAAAGGUUAGGAUGCAAGCAGACAGCAGAUUGUUGAGCCAAGGCAUUCAACCUCGGUAUACAGGAACCUUAGAUGCCUUCACGAAAAUCGUGCGUGCUGAAGGCCUUUUAGGACUUUGGAAGGGUGUUGUUCCUAAUGCCCAACGAGCGUUUCUUGUCAACAUGGGCGAGUUGACCUGCUAUGACCAGGCAAAGCAUUUCAUCAUUCGCAAGCAGAUCUGCAACGAUAAUCUGUAUGCUCACACAUUGGCCUCUGUUGCCUCUGGUCUAUGUGCGACUACAUUGAGCUGUCCAGCAGAUGUGAUCAAAACUAGGAUGAUGAACCAGGGCCAGGAGGCAAAAGCUCUAUACAGGAAUUCUUAUGAUUGUUUGGUCAAGACCGUUAAGUAUGAGGGUGCAGCAGCAUUGUGGAAAGGUUUUUUACCUACAUGGGCCAGACUUGGUCCAUGGCAGUUUGUGUUCUGGGUUUCCUAUGAAAAACUGCGACAAAUAUCAGGUAUUUCAUCAUUCUGACAGCGCUGGCUGAGUUUUCAUACAAGAGGCAUUCAGAUCGAAGAAAUUGUAAUUUGUAAACCUUUAGUCUGUGGCUACGCAUUACAGUGUCCAUGCUCCUUUACAUCUAAUUUGAGCCUGAAUUAUGUACUCACAAGGUGCAGCACACUCCGCUUAUCAACUCGAUAUUUUGUCAUGUUCUUCCCUUUGGGUGCUAAUAAUAUACUACUACCUAUUGUGUCCAACAA